CAGAAUCUGAAAUUCUCUCAAUGCAUCCCAAAUUUCUAACCUCCAUUUUGAGUAAUCAUGAGUCAGAAAUUCACAAUUCAAUUCAUCCAAGUGAGCUUGGAUACAAAUUGCACCCUUCCCAGCUACAUUCCUAGAAUUAAAAUUCACCGCUGUCCAGGUUUUUAAUAUUCUUUUCACAUCCUGCCUUUGGCAGUUCCUUUGCUUUUCCUAAUGUGUUUGCACUUUUUUCUACCUUAAAAGCAAGUGUCCGACGUCCCAUGGAGCUUCUGAAAAGUGUCUCAAACACUUCAGCUGUGACAUGAUCAGCACCUUUUUAAACGCGGUGCAUAGUGACAAGUGGUGCAUAAUAAAGCAUCUUUUACUGGCAAGUCAGCAGGUAAUCCCGAUAGUGGGUUUAUAUUUCACCCAAACAGUUAAUGAUUGACCGAAAACUUUGGAACAAGUUUGCACCUUAUAAAUCUGCACAGUUAUACGCGACUUAAUUCUGGCCACACUCCAGCUGCGAGCUUUGCACAAGCAGUGGCAGCCGGUGAGCGAGUUACCUCCUCGGCGCAGCGCAGCGCAGCGCAGCGCUCGGCACCCAGUCCCUGACCGCUCGCCUGAGGACAUACAGCUGGCCGAGCCCGCGGCGCCAUUUAUUGCUCGUUCACCUGAGCAACGCCACACCUUGAGGGGGAAAGAACACCCGCACAUUCACUCACACCCUCGCCAACCGGCUCGCACACGUCCAGCGACCAUGGAGAACGGCUUGACUGAGAACAUCUACGAAAUCCCCGAUGCGGGCGUCCACGGCCAAACCUCGAUGCAGGUGUUCGUGGGGGGGGAGGAGGUCGCCGCCGAAUACGACGAGGUGGCUCGCUCCCCUUCGCCUAGCCCUUCGUCCCCCACUCCCUCCUCUUCCUCCUCCUCCUCGGUGGCGAGCGGGGAGAGGGAUAAUCACCACAGCGGCUCGGAGCGGGAGGCUGAGCAAGAGGAGGUGUUCGUGACCAUAGAGGAGCGGGUGAGCCGGAGCCGCAGCCUCAGCCCCGACAGCCACAGCCCCGACAGCCACAGCCCCGACACCCGCAGCCUCAGCCCCGACACCCACAGCCCGCACAUCAACGGCAGUCCCAGCCCGGGCGACUGCGACCAGCAACUGCGGCAGAAUUUCGACAUCUCCCUCUAUGUCAAGGCUGGCAUUGAUGGAGAGAGUAUCGGUAAUUGCCCCUUUUCCCAGCGCCUCUUUAUGAUUCUCUGGCUGAAAGGUGUUGUGUUCAACGUCACGACAGUGGACGUGAAGAGGAAACCGGCUGAUCUACAUAACCUAGCCCCUGGUACUCACCCUCCAUUCCUGACCUUUAAUGGAGAGGUUAAGACUGAUGUCAAUAAAAUUGAAGAAUUCUUGGAGGAGACCUUGUGUCCACCAAAGUAUCCCAAGCUUGCUGCUAAGCAACAUAACUCUAAUACGGCUGGAAUUGACAUCUUUGCAAAGUUUUCAGCAUUCAUUAAAAACACAAGGCUUAAUGCUAAUGACGGUCUUGCACGAAAUCUGAUCAAAGCCUUGAAGAUGUUGAAUGAAUACUUGAAUUCUCCAUUGCCUGAAGAGAUUGAUGCUGACAGUGUUGAUGAAGUGACUGUGUCUCGACGCAAAUUCCUUGAUGGUGAUGAACUAACAUUGGCUGAUUGUAAUCUUCUACCCAAGCUGCAUAUCAUGAAGGUUGUGGCAAAGAAAUAUCGAAACUUUGAGAUCCCGAAGGAAAUGGUUGGAGUCUGGCGAUACCUGAAUAUUGCCUAUGCUAGGGAUGAGUUCACCAACACAUGCGCUGCAGACAGUGAAAUUGAAGCUGCUUAUGCAGAUGUGGCAAGACGGCUUUCAAAAUCGUAAAUCAGUGAGGAGUCAUUGCAAAUCGACACUAAUGACCCAAGACUCUUUUUAUUUGCCUUGCUUUUUAAACCUAUAGCAUUUCAGCUGUGUUCAUUUUAGUUGGUUUUAUGCUUGUAAAUAAGAAAUGCAUCUGAUUAUUAUGGAUAUUUUUUCCCUGUAUUAAUCAAAGCCCAAUGUUUUUUUUGUUUUGUUUGGAGCAUAUUGCUUUUCAUUAGAAUUGUAUGUGACCUAAUAAGAACUUCAAAUUAGUGGAUUUGUUCCAAAACUAGAAUCGUCUUUCUUUUGGGAUUUCACAAGUGCUGCAAGUUGUAUCAAUAUUCCCAGCCACAGUGAUUCCAUUUCAUUUCCCUCCAACACAAGGAUUAUUGAGUUUGAACCAUAAAACUCAGCUUGUUGGUCAUUUGUGAAGGCUGGUUGAGGAACUGAAUUAGGAUUCACAGGGGACUGUCUUUCCUCAGUUGCCCAUACUAAUCUCAAGCAGUUCAACUUCAAGCUAGCAGUGUUAAAGUUCAAUUACUUUGCGCCCAACUGAUUGUAACUUUCUUUUGUGAUAGCCUAGACGUCAAUCAGAAUACCAUAAAUUCUUGCAUUGUAGUACUUUAAUUGUAUCUGAGAGCCAAUCAAUCUCAAAUCAGAUAUGAACACACAAGAAGAGAUUCUUGAACACCAAACUAAUCAGUUAUACUUUUGUACGCAGUUACUGUUUCAUAAAGGGUGGUAUACUUGAUCUACAUUGUCAAUAAUAUUAUAGGAUGAUGGUUUCUCGUAUAAAGGUGUCUCAUUGACUUUUAUUUUUGUUCUUUGUUUUGUUAUUUUUUUAUCUUUUGACUUUUAACCAUGUAGUUAAAAUAAAACGAGGACUGACUUUACUUCAAAUAAAGUAAACUCAUGAACUCACAGAACCCCUUUAUUAACAAAAGUUGAUUUUCAGACAAUGUCCAAGGAAAGUGUUUUGCAAAGGAAAAAUAAUACUUUGCAUAAUUUAUUUUAAGAAUUUGAGAUCCUGUGAAAAUAAUUUGAAUGAGAAAUGUUUUGCAGGUAAAAUUAUGCAGAACUGUGAUCUAAAUUUAUGAAUUCUCAUUGUGUAUAGUAUUAAUAUUUAAUGUGAUUUACUGUGUGACAUUUUUGUCCAUAAUUUUACUGGAGGAGCAGAAAAACAGCUGUAAUCCACAGCAGGCAUCAUCCCCAAUUGUUCUUAUCAUUGACUGUCAGUUGCAUCACAACCCCUUAUGACAUUGAAAGGGUUGCACUGAAAUGUGCAAAUACUAAAUUUCAAAAGUGUGGCAGGUUAUCUUAUCACAUUUAUCAGGAGGGAUUCAAGCAGCUGGUUCGAAUUGAUUUUAAAAUAUGAAGUUAUAGUAAGCAAAUUAAAAGUUAACACAAUAUAGAUACUAUAAUGUAUCACUGCACUACAGUACUUUAGGUAAUGGAAAUAUGCCCCAAAGGAACUCGCAAAUCGCUACCAAAUAAAAUUGAGAAGAGGAAUAAAAAUUCACACUAGCAGAAUUUAUGUGAGGGGAAAAAAAACUAAAGAAACAACAAUUUUCAUUAAGGAUCUGUUAUGGAAAUUUGCAAUAUAGCUAGUUUUCUGGGGGGAUACUGCAAAUCUGUUGAAUGAAAUGAUGCAUCUUGUUCAUAAGAAAGGUAAAACACAAAUGGUUAAAUUGCGCCCUCUGGUGUUGCUUCUGAAAAUUGACAAAAGGUUUUGUGUAAUAUAGAAACAUAGAAAAUAGUUGCAGUAGUAGGCCAUUCGGCCCUUCAAGCCUACACCGUCAUUCAAUAUGAUCAUGGCUGAUCAUCCAAACACAGUAACCGUUCCUGCUUUCUCCCCAUAUCCCUUGAAUAUUGAAUCAAAUGGUGCUUGUUAAUUUAACUUCCCUUUGAUUGUUUACAUUCUUUUAACCUUACCAGGAUGAAGUAUUGAAAUUGUGAGCUGCAUAGAAAGGGAAAAUGUAUCUAACUCCUGGUAAGCUGGCCAAGCGACACUUUUUUCACAUUAAGCGUAAAUUAGUGAAUUCGCUGUCACGAUGGGUACCAAGAGUCAGCAAGCAGAGAGUUUAGAUUUUGAUUCGCUUUACCCCCCCCCCCCCCCACACACACACAUGGGGACAGUGAUGGUUAAUGAGUUGGAAGCUGUUAUCAAGAGUCAUCCAGUGGCCCAUUUUUGGUUAGUUCAAUAGAUGGGGAUAAUGAAGAUUAGCACAAGUAUACUUUGCCCCUUGCAAAUUCUUCCUGAUAUUAGCAGAGUACAGAAUUUGGUAUAAUGUAGGGAGGGAAUUAAACUCUAUUUUACUGUGAGUUGUCAAAUAUACAAAUAUUGUACCAGCCAUUUUAUUUUUGCAGUAUUUUAAUUGCUUCCUGAAAGAACUAAGUUAGGCAUGAGACACGAUUAAUCAGCUCAAGUUAAACAUUUCUUUCGUUUUUGAAACAUGCAUGUUAAUUUUUCUAUUAUUUAAUAAAUUUGUUUUAUUUCCAUAAAUUAGUAGGUGAAUUCCUCUGAGAACUAAUUUCAUUAAUCACUCAGUGUUGUAUUUUUGCUAGACACUUUUAGAGAAAAAUGUUUUUUUCAGGUAAUAUUGAGCUGUCACCAAAUAAAUGUUAGAGGGAACUAUUGGGAGGUUUUCCUGUUUGCAUUAGCUGGGAUUCUUGUGUUAUUUGGGAAUACACAGAAGGGUAACAGUAAGAAAGACUGGUGCGAGGCACCAAAUACAAGGCUGGAAUUUCAUAAAUCAAAUUCCUUCCUGAAUCGUCCUCCCCCCACAAAGAUUUCUGCCUGCAAAAUCAGCCGAAUGACUUGAGGCCAUCUCCCUUGUAAACCUGCAGGAUGCUUCCUUCCCAGGGAUAUAGCAAGUUAGCAACACCAUUAAAAGUGUUUGAAGUGAGCAUUUCAUUAUAUUACUUUGGGUGGCCUCAACCUCUAUGUUAACAGCUACUGAAACAAGAGGGAAUGCUGCUCAUGUAUAAUCAAAACUGGCAAUAUCAUUACAGAUCUUAGAAAUAAAUACAAAUCUAUUUAAUAUUAUCUCAUUGUUCAGUAACCCAACAAUGAAGUGUAUAACAAGAAACAAAUCUAUCUUUCACUUUCAUGUACAUACAGCACCGUCUAUUUGUAGGCAGGUGUUGUAAACAUUGAAAACUUAACGAUCCACUGUUUUUGUCAUAACACCAACUGGAGAGCAGACAACCCUGGUGAUGGGAAAUGUCAUUUAUUUGACUGCCAUCUUUCGUUGAUAAUUAAUGUAGUUUCAGCAGGUUGAUUGCCAAGACUGAGAACUGAUUGUGAGUAUUUCUCUUUGAAGGGUAAAGAAAGAAUUGGGAGAUUUUAAAAUUGUGAACGGUCUUGGUGAAGGAAAAGGAGUUUCCUCUGGUUGGGGAGUUGGCCAAGAUCAUUAGGUUAAAAAUUGCUACCAAGAAAGUGAGUAGAAAAAUUAGGAGAAAUGUCUGAACAAUGGGAAUUGUUCAGGAUGUGAAUGUUUGCCGCAGAAAGCAAUUGUAAAUAUUGUAAGGUCCAAAAUGGAGAAGUAGGAUUAAUGGGGUGCGAGUGGGGAACAAGAUCAGUUUUGGGGUUAUUCAAGUAAAGACUAUAAGGGAUUCAUUGGUUGCCUGUUAUAGUAAAUUUAUAUGGUUCAUCAAUUUGUCAGCUGUAAAAGGUUUACCUGUCCCUGUCACUGCUUUAUGUCCUGUGCAACUCACAUGUGAAGCACAAACUAUAGGUUUAUCUUUACAGUGUAUUGACACUAAAAACAAACAGUUUAGUUUUAGAAUAAAAAUCAGAAAUGGCCACUCAAAUUUAGUUAGCUACAAAACUGAUGAAGUGAAACUUCGCAUUGGGGGCUAAGUGUGUAAACUCAUUUUAAUUUACUUAGAGUUAAGUGAUGCAAUCAUAGACAUGAUGAAGGCCUUUUUCAUUUCUCGUUGAUUACAUAAUUAGUACUUUUCAUAUCUGGAAAUUUUAAGUGAUUAUAAAUUAUGACUUGUCAUUUUACAGCAGAACACAGACUAUCAAAAGUUUCCCAUUGUUAGUUUGAGAUGUGUACAAGUGUUUUAUGUACAAGUGUAUGGCUUUGUAGGCUGUUUGAGAAUCUGAACACCGAAUGUACAAUGACGAAACCACUGGAUAAAACUAGAUGCUGAAGUGAUUUAAUUUUUUGCUCUGAUUAUUUGCACUGGUUAGAUAAUUGUGCCGCAGUCUUGACUGGCAGCUGCUAAAGAAAUAAAAUUGUAUAUUUUCACAUUUAA